UUUACGGAAUGAGCACAUGGGAAAUUUAUAAAUGCCGAUGGUAGAAAAUGGGUAAUGUUCAAGCGUCCAGUGCUCCUUCCAGUUCAACCCCUAGUUCUUCUCCUCCUUCUCCUCCGCUCACAGCACCCCCGCCACCAACAUCAGGGACACCAGAAAAGAUAAUACCAACACCUUUGGUUGGAAACCCCGGAACGUUUGAAGAAUUGCAUAAGAAGUGUAAAGAUGUCUUUCCACAAUGUUUUGAGGGUGCAAAACUGCUCUUGAAUAAAGGCAUUAGCAGUCAUUUUCAAGUUAGUCACAGUUUAGCAUUAAGUUCAUUGACACCGGGAACCUAUCAUUUUGGAGCGACAUAUGUUGGGGACAAACAGACUGGACCACAUGAGUCAUUUCCUGUCAUGGUUGGAGAUAUUGACUUAAAAGGAAAUCUAAAUGCACAGAUUAUUCACCAGUUUACUAGUGCAAUCAGAGGAAAGUUUAUUCUACAGACUCAAAAGAAAUUUUGGGCCAUGCAGCAAGUUGAUGCAGAAUAUCGUGGCAGUGAUUUUACUGCUAGUUUGACGUGUGUAAACCCUGACCUUUUCAAAGCAUCCGGAAUCAUUGUUGCCCACUACCUGCAAAGUCUCUCACCUGGUUUAUCGCUAGGAGCAGAAUUUCUCUACCACAAUGCAGCCAACCAAGAAGCCGCGGUCGUCUCGUUGGCUGGACAGUAUAAAACCGAUAAUUGGACGGCAUGUGCCACGGUUGGUAAGGCAGGAUGGCACGCAAGCUACCAUCAUAAAGGAAACGAGAAUGUCGAUGUAGGAGUUCAGUACGAAUACAAUACACAGCAGGAUCAAAGUUCUGUUAGUCUGGGAUAUCAGUUCAACGUCCCUAAAGCCAACUUAGUUUUUCGUGGCAUGAUGGACACAAACUGGGUAGUCGGAGCAGUACUUGAGAAACGUUUUCAUCCACUGCCAUUUACUUUUUCCUUAGCUGGUACUAUCAAUCAUACUAAAGGAGAAUCGCAAUUUGGAUUCGGCCUGACUGUUGGAUAAACGUGGGUUAAAACAAUUAUACUUCGGCCAAACUAGAAAACCCUAUAUUACAUCUUUGAAGUACCCCUUGCUUGAAGUAUCACUCCUUGCCAAUAGACUCGCUGUGAAGAUCUAUAUACGUUCCUGAAAUUCACAUUAAUGUCAAGGAAAGGAGAAAUAAAAUUGAACCUAUUUUA